GAGUCACCAGCUGCCUGAAGGGGAGAGAGAAGGGGGUCACAGAGGAGUGACCGGAAGGGACGUUCUGGUCUCCCAACUUGUCACUUUCCUGUCUCCCUCCCCCUCCUGCAAAGACAAUGACCAUGUUUGAAAAUGUCACCCGGGCUCUGGUCCGCCAGCUGAACCCCCGAGGGGACCUGACACCCCUGGACAGCCUCAUAGACUUCAAGCGCUUCCACCCCUUCUGCCUGGUGCUGAGGAAGAGGAAGAGUACGCUCUUCUGGGGAGCCCGGUACGUCCACACUGACUACACCCUCCUGGAUGUGCUUGAACCCGGCAGCUCGCCCUCAGACCCAACAGACUCUGGAAACUUUGGCUUUAAGAAUAUGCUGGAUGCCCGAGUGGAGGGAGAGGUGGAUGUGCCAAAGACGGUCAAGGUGAAGGGGACAGCCAAUCUGUCCCGGAACAGCACCCUGGAGGUCCAGACGCUCAGUGUGGCUCCUACGGCUCUGGAGAGUUUGCACCAGGAGAGGAAGCUGAUGGUAGACCACCCGUUCCUGAAGGAGAUGCGAAGUGAAAGAAUGAACCUGUAUGUGGUGAUGGAGGUGGUGGAGACUGUGCAGGAGGUCACCCUGGAGAGAGCCAGCAAGGCCGAUGGCUGCUUCUCCCUCCCAAUAUUCGCCCCGUUGGGGCUACAGGGAUCCAUAAACCACAAGGAGGCUGUAACCAUCCCCAAGGGCUGCAUCCUGGCAUUUCGAGUGAGACAGCUGAUGGUCAAAGGCAAAGAUGAGUGGGAUAUUCCGUGUAUCUACAAUGAUAACAUGCAAACCUUCCCUCUUGGAGAAAAGCCAGAAGAGGAGAAGUUCACCCUUAUCCAGGCAUCUGAUGUUGGGGAGGCAUUCAAGGACUUCAGAACACUAAAAGAAGAGGUUCAAAGAAAGACCCAUGAAGUGGAGAAGCUGAGCCCAGUGGGGAAGAGCUCCCUGCUCUGUUCACUCAGCAAACUCCUAGGGAAGAAAAAGGAGCUGGAAGACCUGGAGUUCACACUGGAAGGGGCUCUAGACAGAGGACAUGAAGUGACCCUGGAGGCACUCCCAAAAGAUGUCCUACUAUCAAAGGAGGCUACAGGUGCCAUCCUCUAUUUCCUUGGAGCCCUAACAGAGCUAAGUGAAGCCCAACAGAAGUUGCUGGUAAUAUCCAUGGAGAAAAAGAUCCUACCCAUGCAACUAAAGCUGGUGGAGAGCACAAUGGAACAGAAUUUCCUACAGGAUAGUGAAGGUGUUUUCCCCCUGCAGUCUGAGUUGCUUUCCUCCCUUGGGGAAGAGGAACUGACCCUCACAGAGGCCCUAGUAGGGCUGAGUGGCCUGGAAGUGCAGAGAUCGGGCCCCCUGUACAUGUGGGACCCAGACACCCUCCCCCACCUCUGUGCCCUUUUCGCUAGUCUCACCUUCCUGCAGCUACUGACCAAGGCCUCCUAACUUGCCAUUUCCACCCACUUCCUGCUUCCCUAAUGCCUUCCCUACCCCCUUAUGCCCUGUCCUGACGCCCAAGGUCAUUUCAAAGCCACCAGGCUGAAGAUAAUGGACACCCUAGUCGAUCAUCCAAGUUAACCAAUUUCCACUUCUCCAACUCUGUAACUACCCUCUGCCACCCCUAUGACUGCCACCCAUCCACUGAUGCUUAAGUCCUCUAAAAGUAGAAACACUCAAACUUUUAAAAACUAUAAACCAUUUCAGCAAAACCUAAUUAAUUAAUUAAUUAAUUAAUUCCCUAUCCCAACCCCUCCCACUCAUGAUCCCAAAAUC